AUGCAGAAUAAUUCGUAUCUAGGCCCACUAUCAAAAGCCGACCCUCUGAUCGAUCUAUCCAAGCAGAUGGAAACCAGCUCGCAGCCUGCAAAUGAAUCUCCGCAACUACUACAACAGCCUCUACAAGACGUCAGCUCAAAUGUUAGUGCAGACAAGCAUCUCCAGCAAGGCGGAGCUGUCCUAGACGAAACCCUGCAAGAGGUGGCCUGUCAACCCAAAGACGUCGCCCAUCCUAGCGACAAAUCGUCAGGCUCAGUGAGAGACGAUCCAGCAGUUCCCGACUGUGUCUCCAGAUCCAUCGAUCAAUUUCAAGUCACUGAUUCCGAGGCCGGGGUCAUGACAAUGACUGACGACAACGUCCGUGCUGCCAUCAGAAAGGAUCUUCAGUCUGGUCGUUUCGAGAUCCCGCCAUUCACACGCGCUGAUAAUAUUGAUGCCCCCAUUGAGAACCUUGCGAGACGUCCAUUCCCUCCAGCUUUGAUGGCAACCAGUUCCCACUCACGCCACCGACAGCGAUUUGAUCGGUCGGCACUCCUCCCUGAUAGCAACCUCCCAUUCUGUGCUCAGAUCAUGGAACAUGUGAAAGAUUGGGCGGAAUGGGGAACAAGAAUUGCAGACGAGCAGAGACGAAAGGAAGUCCUUGACCAUGUUUUUGAAGUUUUAUCAAAGGCUUGGUUCGAGGCGUUGCGUUUGGGCUACAAUCCUGGUACACCCGACACAAAAAGCACGGCGCCUCAAGUGUCGACCAAGCGCUCUGCACAGCGUCAAGAUGACGUUCCUGUUGGUUUGCCGCGUGGAAAGCCUCGUUUGAGAAGAGAGACGAGCCCAUCCAAAAUGCCCUUUUUGGUUGCGAAUCACAAAGACGGUCCAUCCUGGGCUAUCACGGCAGGUGAACUGGAAGAAGCUGGUGUCUCUGAGAGUCGAGUACGAAGUCGAACCGCUGCAGCGAACACCCCAGAACUUGGUGAGGAACUUUUGAAUAAAGUCCUCAACGAUUUGGGGGGAAGAAUUCUUCCAAGCGAUUGGCACAGGAUCAUGGAUGUCACACGACUGAACCCCAUGGGACGAGAUCUCAUGGUCUACUGCCUGUACGAGGCCCUGAAGUUACGGAAAAGUCUGGCGAACCUAUGGGAAUUAUACAACCACUUCCCCACUGCUAGGCAGAAGGAAAACACCAAAAGACGUAUCGACGCCGAGCAGGAGCUUCACGAUCUGUUCAUGGCUUUAGCGUUAGAGCUCAACGAGGAAAACCCUUCUCCCGAAGAGUCAACAACUGCCACUCCUCUUACCAGUCCUGAAGGAUCGGUGGGCGUUCAGCCAGCGACAGUUGAACCUGGAACAGACUCGUUGAAUCAGCCCGACGUCCUCAUGCAACUGACCGAGACGAUUCUUCGUGCGCCUGAUGUUGCUUCCAUUCUCUCCGGUUUUGGACUCUUUCAUAUUACUGAAGACGACCUGGUUACUGCCGUCUCCACCGGGGCCUCCUCAAGUAGUCUCGACCGGUGCAAGCAGAUUUUGAAGGACCUGCUGUUCGAAGCACGAGAAUACCUCAUCUUAUCCGAGAACGCAGAGCUGAAUACUGGACGGGAAAACAUAGAUUUGGGUGCACAGAUUCAGACUUUGGAGCGGGAGAUCCGCCUAAGAAAGGAGGCUCUGAAAGACCUCCUCUCUUCUCUGGUGGUUGAGCGAAAUGAUAUCUCAGAUAGCGUCGACAGGAGCACUGCACCCGGAGAGGAUCGUUCAGCAGUCACGAGCACUGCUACCGACCCAACAGACGAUGUUCUGACAGAGACCAUGAGUCGAAAAUCAUCCGAGAAUACCGCCAAGCACCAUCUCGACGCCUCCGACGGGGAGAAUCCAUUGCCACCGACGAAGAGGCCAAAAGCCGAUCAUGGAGCAGAAGGCCUUGACCACUCGAUCCUCAUGCCCGAUGACGGGCUAACCAGCGACAACAUCCACGAGGCCAGCAUCCACGAGGCUAAUAUCCAUGAGACUGCCGCGCGGAACAGCAAAGAAGGUUUGGAUGCUAACUCGGGCUGCCACGCUGAUACGGCACUCAAAGAAACACCUAACGACGGUCGAGUCACGCUUCGCAUCUCGCCUCAUUUCAACCCAGCCGAUUUUACAGUCAACAGAGUCUUCUGCCAUCCGACAGGUUUCAGGUAUCGAUAUACUAACGAAUCGACCUUAGCUCAGCGGAGAUCCAUGGCGGAUAUUCUGGAAAAUCACAUAAGAUAUGUGAUGCAGGAGCAUGAAUACGUUGGAUUCAACUCCAAGUAUGACCCCGGCUGGCGGUUCGGCAGGUAUCAGAUUCUUGCCCAUCCGGAUGAUCCCGAGAGGACGAGCAUCAUCCAUGGUAUUUGGGACUUGGAGAAUGGAGACCAGCCAGAAGGAUUUGAAUGGUUCUACAGAGGCGGUGACAUGCGGCCGUCUGAGCACAAAGAGGGGGUGACGAACCAAGAUGAAGAAGCCGAAAGAGGUCCAGCAGUUGCGCCGCCACCGAAGAGGAAGACCCAUGUGCUAAAGCGGAAGAAUGCACUUGACCCGGGACAAGAGGCCUCUCGUUCAGCGACCGGUGAUGCCAAUGACACGCCCAUGAGUUCCCACAGCAAGGAGCCAAGCAUCAGAGUCCUGGGGGGUAAGAACAAGAAACGGAGCAAAGGCAAGCACAGACAUGUUCAUUUCAGUGCGGAAGAACCAGCGGUUGCUCGCCCAGACUGGAAGAAUCCUGUCUCACUCAGUCGACCGAAACGAAAAACUGGCGUGAUAAAGCCGGCUAAAGAGGAGUCUGACGAGGAUUACUGCCCUUCGGAGUAA